AUGUCGGCAGCCGUGGCGUGCCUGGACUACUUCGCCGCCGAGUGCCUGGUGUCCAUGUCCGCGGGCGCCGUGGUGCACCACCGAGCGCCGGACCCCGAGGGCGCGGGGACCGCCGCGGGCUCGGAGGUGGGUGGCAGCGAGUCCGCGCUGCCGGAUCCCGGGCCCCCGGAGCCGGCGUCGGAUCUCCCGCUUCUCCACGUCCCCGCCCCAAGCCCCGAAACGGGCGGCGCCGCGCCCCACCUGCUGGCUGCGAGCGUUUUGGCUGAUUUGCGCGCCUGCGCCCGGGAGGGCUGCGGGGGGCCCUCGGGGGAUGCCCUGUGUGCCUCGUCUGCCUCCUCCCACCCGACCCGGGGCUUCAGCCCCACUCGGGGCCCAGAGCCCGCUCCAGCCUUCGGCGACGACGCGGUCUUCGAGCUGGAGAGUUCCUUCGAAGCACCCGAGGUUCCAAGCGCACCUGCAGCCCGGGGGUCGCCCGCAGCCACUGGCGGGGAUUCCAGAGGGCGCGGUGGGGCCCCAAGGGAGGGCCCCGCCCCCGCCAAGGCUCCGACGACCCGGAGGAGGCCGGUGACACCCGCAGCCAAGCGACAUCAAUGCCCCUUCCCGGGCUGCAACAAAGCCUAUUACAAGUCGUCGCACCUCAAGUCCCACCAGCGCACCCACACGGGCGAGCGCCCAUUCUCCUGCGACUGGCUCGACUGCGACAAGAAGUUUACGCGCUCCGACGAGCUUGCCCGCCACUACCGGACCCACACCGGCGAAAAGCGCUUCUCCUGCCCCCUCUGCCCCAAGCAGUUCUCCCGGAGCGAUCAUUUGACCAAGCACGCCCGCCGUCACCCAUCCUAUCACCCCGACAUGAUCGAGUACCGGGGGCGACGCCGCACCCCCCGUGUCGACCCGCCACCCACCGCUGAGGCCGAAAGUUCUGGUUCCGGCUCCGGCUCUGCCCAGGCGCGCAGCCUAACUUCCUGCUUGUAG